AUGGCCACUGGAAUAGCUGCCAUGAUGCUUCGAAGUGUCAUUGAAGUAAGUAUAUCAAUGCAUGAUAUGGAGAUUGAGCAUAGGCCAUACCAUCGCAAUUGCAGUUGUGCACUGCACAAGUUGAAGAGUAUUUGCUCCAAUGCUUGCCCUCCUCAACAAAGAAAUAUUUCGUUCCCCAAGAAAAAGCCUCCGUCUUCUAAGCGGCUCAUCACUAUGUGGAACAAAGAAGACCCGAAUGCGCCAUGUCAUGUAGAGGACAAAGUUUAG